AGGCGCCAGCAAACGCACACGUGGGAAAGCAACGAUAACAAAGUGAGAGACAACAAAGGAGACGAGGAAGAAAAAAGAAAUCAUUUUUUUGAUUUCUCUCGAAAUCAAAACAGCCAUAGUUGUUUAGAGUGAAAGUCUGAUUAAAAAACUGACAUAGUUAAAAGAAAUAUGUGACAAUGAUUACUUGAUGUGCAAAGUUUCUUUCUACGCGGCGAACUGUCACAACGAAUGUAUUUUUAUUAUUUGCGCCCUCUGUCAAUCGUAUCGUGUACAUGAGAAAAUGUCGCAACACUUGAUGAACAUCUUUUGUGAAUGGAUGAUCAUAUCUUCACGUUGAAACGCGCGACAAUAAGAUAUUAAAAGUUUGUAAAAAUACACAUGGAUAUUUUUGAGGAAAAUGUAUCGACGCCAUUACGAUCGCCGAGGUAGGAUCGUCGGGUUCGCCAUUAAAAUUUAAAUAUUACGCCGACAAUAAUAGCAUAUCGGCAAUCGAUUGUAAAUAACUCCUUUAAUUUUAUAUUUAAAUGACGAAAACAUAGAGGGAGCAAGGAUAGUAUACGUUCCAAAUUAAGAAGUAUCUAAAUACGAAAAAAAAUAUGUAUUUCGAUUUAAUACGUAGUAAGAGAUAAAUCGGAAAAGAAUCGGGAACUAUUCCGUAAAGUUCUUGUUACGCGAACAAACGCCACUAUAUUUGUAAAAGGUUACGGGCGACUAUACGAGGCGAGUCCAGAAUAAUGACCAAGCUAUUACGUUUGUUUGUCCUCUUUGCAUUCGUAACAGCGAACACCCAUGGAUUUACAAACAUUUAUCCAAAAUUGAAGAACUAUGUUCUUAAUAAAAAUGUAGACGUGGGCGAGGCUCUUUUUCUAACACCACUUAUUGAAACUGGAAGGAUCGACGAAGCUCGAAAGAAAGCUAUUGUUGAGCACAAGGAGAUAGGUGCGGUUAGCAGUUACUCCGGAUACUUUACAGUAAAUAAGGAAUACAAUUCUAAUUUAUUCUUCUGGUUCUUCCCCGCAGAGCAUAAUCCAAAGGAUGCACCAGUGGUAUUGUGGUUACAAGGUGGUCCAGGAGCAACAUCCUUAUUUGGUUUAUUCAUGGAGAAUGGACCAUUUUUCGUUACUUCGAACAUAACGCUCGCACCGCGUAAAUAUUCCUGGAGUAUUUCUCAUAAUUUAAUUUACAUUGACAAUCCGGUUGGGACUGGAUAUAGUUUCACUAAAAACGAUAAAGGUUAUGCCAGUAAUGAAACUCAAGUUGGAAGGGACAUUCAUAACGCUUUAGUACAGUUCUUUAAACUCUUCCCAGAGCUUCAGAAGAAUGAUUUUUUUGUUACUGGGGAAUCAUAUGGCGGCAAAUAUGUACCUGCUGUUUCUCAUGCCAUCAAAGAUUAUAAUAUUAAGGCAGAAACUAAAAUAAAUUUAAAGGGUUUGGCGAUAGGAAAUGGAUUUACAGAUCCGGAACACCAACUUUUAUAUGGCGAUUACUUAUAUCAACUUGGUAUAAUAGAUUUAAACGUGAAGAACUUGUUCCAGCAAUACGAGAAGAAAGCAUGCAAUUUAAUCGAGCAAAAGAAAUAUGUAGAUGCUUUUGAAUUGUUUAACACAUUAGUCUUCGGUGAUAACAAUUCUCCGUCUCUCUUUACGAAUAUAACCGGUUUUAAUUAUUACUUUAAUUAUUUACGAACAAAAGAUACUAACGAAUCCCAAUGGAUGUCAGAGUGGGUGCAGAGGGAGGACGUUAGGCGUGCGAUACAUGUAGGCAAUUGUUCCUUUAAUCUUGAAACUAAAAACGUUGAAGAUCAUUUGAAAGGAGACAUCAUGCAGUCUUUAGCUGUAUUGAUAUCAGAUUUGGUACAACAUUAUAGGGUACUUAUUUAUAAUGGUCAACUUGAUAUUAUUGUAGCAUAUCCGCUCACUGUUAAUUAUCUGCAAAAUUUGAAAUGGCCUGGCGCAAAGAAAUAUAAAAUUGUCGGUCGUAAACAAUGGUGGGUUCAAGACGAGUUGGCUGGUUAUACAAAGUCUGUCGAUAAUUUAACGGAAGUUCUUGUGCGAAAUGCAGGCCAUAUGGUCCCUUAUGAUCAACCUCGUUGGGCUCUUGAUCUUAUUACUCGUUUCACGCAUAAUAAAAAAUUCAAAUAAGCUCCGAUAUAAUGCCAAACCUAUGUGAUACUCUUUGUUAAAGGCAGUGAAGCUAUUUUUAUUACUUUUCGUAUAACAAUGUAUAGAUUUAUAAAUAGAUGGUAGAGGAAAAGAGUUGAAAAGAAACAAAUGUAUAGAAAUCAGAAUAAAGUUAUUAUGUUAAACGCAAA